GGUUUUCAGUUGGGAGUGGCUGUUUCUGAAGCUGAGCGACAGACGCGCGGCCUAGUGAGCGACUCUUGUACUAGCGGAGCUUCUGAGAGGUAUCCGGAUCGCGUGGCUGUCAUCAUGUCCGGCAAAGCGCCUGCCAUAGGCAUUGACUUGGGCACCACGUACUCCUGCGUGGGGGUGUUUCAGCAUGGGAAGGUGGAGAUCAUUGCGAACGAUCAAGGCAACCGCACGACGCCCAGCUACGUGGCCUUCACCGACACCGAGCGCCUCAUCGGGGAUGCUGCCAAGAACCAGGUGGCCAUGAAUCCCAACAACACCAUCUUUGACGCCAAGCGCCUCAUUGGCCGCAAAUUUGAGGACCACACUGUGCAGUCCGAUAUGAAGCACUGGCCUUUCUGUGUGGUGAGCGAAGCUGGGAAGCCAAAGGUGCAGGUGGAGUACAAGGCGGAGGUCAAGACCUUCUUCCCUGAGGAGAUCUCCUCCAUGGUGCUGACCAAGAUGAAGGAAAUAGCCGAGGCUUACUUGGGCCGCAAAGUCCAGAGCGCUGUUAUCACCGUGCCUGCGUACUUCAAUGACUCCCAGCGCCAAGCCACCAAGGAUGCUGGCACCAUCACAGGCCUCAACGUUCUGCGGAUCAUUAAUGAGCCCACAGCGGCUGCUAUUGCCUACGGCUUGGAUAAAAAAGGCAGUGGGGGCGGGGAGAAGAAUGUGCUGAUCUUUGACCUUGGCGGUGGCACCUUUGAUGUAUCCAUCUUGACCAUUGAAGAUGGCAUCUUUGAGGUAAAAUCUACUGCAGGUGACACUCACCUGGGUGGUGAAGACUUUGAUAGCCGCAUGGUGAGCCACUUUGUGGAAGAAUUUAAGCGCAAACACAAGCGGGACAUCGCUGGCAACAAGCGAGCCGUCCGGCGGCUCCGCACAGCCUGUGAGAGGGCAAAACGCACCCUGAGCUCCUCCACCCAGGCCUCUAUUGAGAUCGACUCAUUGUUUGAUGGGAUUGACUUUUACACAUCCAUCACCCGUGCCCGCUUUGAGGAACUCAAUGCUGAUCUCUUCCGUGGCACUCUUGAGCCAGUGGAGAAGGCCCUGCGUGAUGCGAAGCUGGACAAAGGGCAAAUCAAUGAGAUUGUGCUAGUUGGUGGUUCCACUCGUAUCCCCAAGAUCCAGAAGCUGUUACAGGACUUCUUUAAUGGCAAAGAGCUCAACAAAAGCAUCAAUCCUGAUGAAGCUGUGGCCUAUGGUGCUGCAGUGCAGGCUGCUAUCCUGAUGGGUGACAAGUCGGAGAAUGUGCAGGACCUGCUGCUCCUUGAUGUAGCACCACUGUCACUGGGUAUCGAGACAGCUGGUGGUGUGAUGACUGCCUUGAUCAAACGCAACACAACUAUUCCCACCAAGCAGACACAGACCUUCACCACUUAUUCAGACAACCAGAGCAGCGUCCUGGUGCAGGUGUAUGAGGGCGAGCGAGCCAUGACUAAGGACAAUAAUCUGUUGGGCAAGUUUGACCUGACAGGUAUCCCACCAGCCCCCCGUGGUGUGCCUCAAAUCGAAGUCACUUUUGACAUUGAUGCAAACGGCAUCCUCAAUGUCACAGCCGUGGACAAGAGCACAGGCAAAGAGAACAAGAUCACAAUUACCAAUGACAAGGGCCGCCUCAGCAAGGAUGACAUUGACCGCAUGGUCCAGGAAGCAGAGCAUUACAAGGCAGAGGAUGAGACCAACCGGGAACGUGUGGUUUCCAAGAACGCCCUGGAGUCUUAUGCAUACAACAUCAAGCAGACUGUGGAUGAUGACAAGCUGAAAGGCAAGAUUAGUGAGCAGGACAAGCAGAGGGUGCUUGAGAAGUGCCAAGAGGUGAUCGGCUGGCUCGAUCGCAACCAGAUGGCUGAGAAGGAGGAGUUUGAGCACAAGCAGAAGGAGCUGGAGAAGCUUUGCAACCCCAUCAUUGCUAAACUGUACCAGGGCGCUGGAGCUGCAGGUGCUGGGGGCACUCCAGGUGGUGGACCCACCAUUGAAGAAGUAGACUAGACUGGACUGGACUGUAAGAGCAAUUGCCAUCUGCUCUUUGUUUUUCUUCAUUCAGUCCCUGCCAUUGCUGGUUUUUUUUCCCCUGUGGGUGUGUCUGGCACAGAGCUUGGAAAAGUUACUUUUUUAAAAACUACAAUUCCCAUCAGCCCCAGCCAGCAUGGCCACUGAAGUGGGCUGAUGGGAGUUGUAGUCCAAAAAAGUAACUUUUCCAAGCUGUGGUCUGGCAGGAGGUAUUAACUUGUUCUCUACUUUUACCAGGGAAAGAAAAGUCAGCUUAAAAGUUUGUUGCAUAUAAUGUUUGUCUUUGUGUUCAGAUACCCAUGCUAGUUGGUGGAUUUCUGUUUAUGUUCACUGUUCUUGAAGUACCUACUUGAGCGUUACAAUCGAGAGAGAAACAUUUCAAGAGGGCAUGGAAAACAUUAAAACACACACACAAAAAAGCUUUCUUGUUACUUUUUGGUCUGGUUAUUUUGAAAUUUUGGUAA